AUGGAGGUGCUCGCAUCAGUGGUGGAACUUCUGGGCGAAGUGCUGGUGCAUAAAAUAAAUUUCCUUCGAACAGUUCGGGGAAAGGUGGAGCUACUCAAGGACGAGCUCGAGCGCAUCCAAUGCUACCUCAAAGACGCCAACCAAAAGCAAGCCGACAGCGAAGGCGUCCGCAACUGGAUCUCCCAGCUCCGGGAGGUUGCUCUCGACUCGAGAGACGUCGUCGAGAUGUUCAUCCUCAAAAUCGAGAGCAAAUCCCGCCUCGGAAAAUACUCCACCUUCCCCAAACACAUGCACUACGUCAACAAAGUCGGGAAAGAGAUCGAUGCCAUCCAGGAACGGCUGCAGGCCAUCCACAAGAACCGCGAGAACUACGGGUUAAGGGAUCUUGAGGACGAGUCAGAGUCGGUUUCCGGGUCCAGAGUCGAGUCAUGGCGGAGGAUGCCGGUUUGGCAAAAGGACGAACACUUCGUUGGCGUCGCAGAUGAUAUGCACAAGCUUCUUCAGGAAUCGAUUAAUGAGGAGAGGGAAGGGCUGUCGAUCGCCGUGAUUGAGGGCAUGGGCGGGAUCGGAAAAUCAACCCUUGCUCGCAAAAUAUACAACGAUGUUUCUGGACGAUUCGAUUGCCGUUGCUGGGCCGUGGUUUCAAGCGGAUUUGAUCCGAGGGAGACGGUCAAGCAGCUUAUCAUGCAGUUGCCGAGGUCGCAGCGGCUGCGAGAUGAAAUCAGGAAAAUCGAGAAGUCGACUAAAGAUGCGAGGUAUCUUCUUGAAAAGCUUCAAGAGAUGCUCUAUGAACAGCUCAAGGGGAAAACUUAUUUCAUAGUUCUUGAUGAUAUUUGGGAGAUAGAACAUUGGGAGUCUCUCAGAUAUGCCUUUCCAGAUAAACCAGAUAAACCAAGUAGAUUACUAAUCACAACUCGCAACAAGACGAUUGCAAACUACGGGGACUACGCCCUUGAGAUGAAGGUUCUAGGCCACGACGAGAGCUGGGAAUUAUUCGUGAAGAAGGCAUUCAUCCACGCCAAACCCCCCCAAUGUCCCGAAGAACUCGAGCCCAUCGGACGAGAAAUCGUGGAGAAGUGCAAUGGCCUGCCUCUUGCCAUCACCGUGGUCGGAGGCUUACUAGUCGAACCACACACGAAGAGAAAAUGGGAAGAAGUCUUAAAGCAAGUGAACUCUCAUCACAAAAGAUCAGAAAGCAGAAUAUCAACAAUUUUGGAGUUGAGUUACCAAAACCUGUCUCCCCUGUUGAAAUCAUGCUUCUUGCGCCUCGCCUGCUUUAAGGAAGACGCAGACAUCUCCGUGAAACGGCUGAUCCAUAUAUGGAUUGGACACGGGCUAAUCCACCAUGAAGGCGGAAGAACCCUGGAUGAGAUUGCGAGAGGCUAUUUGGAUGAGUUGAUCAAUCGAAACAUGGUUCAGAUCAAGGAUUUAACGCUGGAUGGCCGCGUUAGAAACUGCCAUUUACAUGAUCUUUUCCGAGAAGUGUGUUUGGAGAAAGCAAAAGAUGAAUUAGGGUUUGAGAUCAUCGAGAAGGGGAAAGGGAAGGGGAAGCAGGAGGAGGAGGAGGCGAAGACGAGGAUGACUAAGCCUCGUCAUCGCGUUCUCUAUGGUCAGAACCUCGACACUGUGUCGAGGGACCAUACCCACCAUCUCCGCUCUCUGUUCGUCAUCAAUUCCCACUCAGAUGGCUUCAGCGAUGUCUGUGUGAAUACCCCAUUCCGUUUCUGGAAGAGUUUUCAGUUGCUCGAGAUACUCUACCUUGAAGGCGUUGGUUGGCGCGAUUUCCCUCACUCAUUCCGCUCGUUGAUCGGGUUGAGGUACCUGAGAAUACAGUCCGGUACCGCUGAGAUGGUCCAGAUCCCGGGGUGGUUCGGCCACCUUGAGAAACUCGAGAUUCUCGACGCUGGGAGCGAGAAUCUCGAGUUACCACACACCACUCCCGUGAUGGAGCGGCUGCGCUACUUCAGCGCAGCCCACAUCCACGGACUGACAACGAUGGGGAGCUUGAAACACGUGGAGACUCUGAGAUACAUCAGCGUGGACGACUUGCUACAGUGCAAGUCUCCCUCGACCUGUCCUGUUCGAGAACUGGGUCUGUUUCUCGACCAGGAGAGAGAGGGAAACGUGCUCAAGAGAGCGAGGGUGAAGAUGGAAGAGAUGACGAAUCUCGUGAAGCUGGAGCUGAUGUGGGAUCUAUCGCUGUCGAUUGAGCCAGCGAUGAUCCCUCAUCUCUCGGGGCUCACGAAGCUGAAGCUGCGAGGAAGGAUGAGGUGGUGCCCGGAUCCGGGCGUGUUCCCGCCGAAUCUGACGGAUCUGACGCUCGUGGAGACGUUUCUGGAGGAGGAUCCGAUGACGGAGCUGGGAAAGCUGCAGAAGCUGGAGUACCUGAAGUUAAGUGGCUACGCGUGCUUGGGCGAGAGGAUGAGAGUGUUGCGUGGGGGAUUCCUCGGCCUCAAAGGGCUUUCCAUUAAGGGUAUGUAUUUCUUGAAAGGGAUUGAUGUGGAAGAAGGUGGAAUGCCGCAGCUGAAACUUCUACGGAUCCAGAAUUGCCCGGACUUGAUGACUACCAAUUUGCCCCAACGAAUUCUUGCAUCAUUGUCAAUAUUGUCAUCUAUGAAGACAGUAUAAUGUUACCCAUUAAUGAUGUCCUAGAGAGUUUUUGAAAUUGUUAUGUGUAUGUGUAAUAUUUAUUGUGUUAUGAAGUGUUUGUUUUGUGGAAUAGUAAAAAAAAGUGUCUAUUUUGUGGAUUCCUAUUUUUAUCUUAA